AUGACAGAAACGAAGGAAAUGGAAGCUGACAAGAUGAAAACCAGACCUGAGAUUCCAGAGGAGUUCUUAGUUGAUGUGGAAUGCUUAGUUGACAUCCAGGAUUCCAGGAUUGAUAUUAAGCAGAACCCAAAACCUGGAACACAAACCCAGAGGAUGAACACCAAUCCAGAAAAGCUUUGCGAGAUGGAUUUGCCUGAGCAAAGCGUCACCUACAUGGAUCCUGCCUUGUACAAAGCUGCAGUACAAGGCAAGAUUGAUCCAUUUAAGUUUUAUCAAACUUCUCUUAAUCAGCUAUUGACUCCAAACAAAAACACAAUUCUUCACGUCUACUUGGAAAACCAAAUUAGAGAACCGGAAUCCAGUGCUAUUGUGGAUCGAAUUCUUGAAAUGUGUCCACCCCUUCUAUUGCAACCCAACAUAAAAGGUGAAAUCCCACUACAUUUCGCGGCACGACAUGACCUUGCCAAUGUAGUGACAGUCCUCAUUGAUCGUGCAAAAGCUCUACCUUUUGAUUUAGAAAGCGGGCUUUCAGAAGCAAAAAAGAUGUUGAGGAUGACUAAUGCAGAGAAAGAUACAGCGUUGCAUGUGGCAGCUCAAAAUCUCCGGAGCCGUGUGGUGGAAAUAUUGACUAAAGAGGACCGUGAAUUUUUAUAUUCCGCCAAUCACUAUAGAGAAACUCCACUCUAUCUCGUUACAAAUAUGAAAAUUUUUAGCCGUCCUAAAGUAAGAGCUAGGAGAAUGGUGAUCGAUACAAUCUUAAGUAAUUGCAAGUUAGUGGACUAUCGUGGCCCCAACGGCAGAACAGCACUGCAUGCUGCGGUCAUGAAUGAUGAUCAUGCCUACAUUGUUGACACAGACAAGAAGAGAACAGCUCUUCACAUAGCUGCCAUCCAAGGAAAUGCCGAAGUGAUUGAAGAGAUUGUUUCAGCUUGUCCAACUUGCUGUGAACUAGUUGACAAUAGAGGUUGGAAUGCUCUUCACUAUGCUGUAGCUAGUACGAAAAGAAGAGAAGUAUUUGGAAAGGCUGUGAAAAUUUCUAAACUUGGCCAGCUGAUAUAUGAGAAGGAUGAGGAAGGAAACACGCCCCUUCAUCUACUUGCUGCUUUCAGCAAAUUUUCCUGGUACAUUCUCCCAUAUGAAUUCAGAACUAGUAAAAGCAAGAUGUGUGGAGUUAACAAGCAAGGCCUGAGCGUUGAUGACUUAUUAAAAGGAAAUUUUCCUGAGAAAAAGAAAGAGAUCUUAGAAUCAUUGGCAGAUUUUGGAAGUGGACCGCAUGGGCGCAUAGUUGUGAACAAGAAGAAGGACAUCUCUGAAAUCCAAAAAUCAAGAGAGUCUGAUCUAGUAACAGCAGUACUGAUAGCAACAGUAACAUUUGCAGUAGCAUUUACCCUGCCCGGAGGUUACAAGAAUGAGCAAGGUCCUGCCCAGGGUACUGCAAUUCUAAGCAAAAAAGCAGCUUUCAUUGCUUUUGUUAUAUCUGAUACCAUGUCAAUGGUUCUUUCCCUUUCAGCUGUCUUUAUCCACUUUUUUAUGUCACCAUUUAGACCAAGCGUCCGAAAUAAUUUUACAGCCGCAGCAAUUCUUACCGAGCUUUCCAUGGCUACAAUGGUGAUCGCAUUCGUCACAGGUACUUAUGCAAUGCUAGCACCUAACUUAGGGCUUGCCAUAGCCACUAGUUUUAUUGGUUUGAGCUUCUUCAUCAUUACUUAUAUAGUGGUUCUAAAUAGAAUUAAAAAGAAGUAA